AUCCUCCCGCCUCGGCCUACCAAAGUGCUGGGAUUAUAGGCGUGAGACACCGCGCCCGGCCUAUACUUGAUUUUUAAUGAAAACAUUCUUAGUAAUAAAUUCGUAUGGCUAACCCAAAUUUAUUUUCUGUAGGCAUAAUAUCAAAAACACCUGGCAGGAUUGCCCCAUUCCCAGCACUGUCCAUUUCUCCCCUAAUAUCAGUGGGACUCCACUGAUGCACAGUUGUGAUCUACUAAAACUUCUCUCAAAACUGCCUCCUCUCCUUAGGUCAGCAGCCCCGCCCCUGAUCUAUUUGGAAAUCCCCUGAAUAAAAGUUGAAUAUCAUAAACCAAAGCCAAAACCCAGAAAUUCAAAUUCAACCGGUAGGUAAAAAGUCUCAAGUGACAGUAGACGUAGGUGUCUCCAGUGUCGCCUCACUAAUAAAGUAGAAGAGGCCAGUGCAAUACUGCCUUCAUACCCUUAACUUGGGUGCUCGAAUAUUUAUCUUCGUCAUCAUUUUAUCAUCCAAAGUAUUUUACAUAACUUUCAUGGGUGCAGACAUUGUUUAAGUGCUUGGUAAAAUUAAUAGUGAUGUUCAUUCAUUCAUCUCACUGAACGGACAAUAAAUUCCUUGACGACAAGGGCCUGGGGGGCCACAUCUUCAUGCUUGGUUUAUGAGUCCUGUGCGUCUUGGUACAAGCAAUACUACUAUGAGCCGGUAAGUCAAACCUAUUUGUUAGGGAACCAAAGGAAAGAACAUGUUUUGAUAGCUAAGAAAACAUUUUGUUCUCUAUCCUUUACUAGGCUGGCAGGCAAAGGGAAUGUUCUUAUGAGCACUCACAUUGAAAACAAGUUUCACGAAAUGCACAGACUCUGAAGGCCGUGCCGCUGGGGGCUGCCUCCACAAUCCGCCCAUCUCAGCGGGCCAUGAGGUCCUGGCCACGGACGCGGUGGCCGAGCCUCUGCUCAUACGUUCAACCGGCCUCUGGACUCGCUCCCUCCCUCAAACCCUCCCUCCGGCGGGCGGGUGGCUAGGCCCAACGGCAGGAAGCCGACGCGGAUCCUCCGUCCUGCGGCGCCGGGUCCGCCUUCCGUCUGUUCCAGCGCCUGCUCCUGCGCGGCAGCUGCUUUGGAAGGUCUCGAGCCCCCUGUACCUUCCCAGGGAUGAACCGGACCUUCCCUCUGAGAGGCGAGGGUUCGGGCCACCGUGAGCGAGGCGCGGGGCGGUGGGCGCGCGCAGAGGGAAAGCAGAUCAGCUGAGAGAGAAUAGGAGUAGUGGAUGAGGCGCCUGUGGGGCGCGGCCCGGGAGCCCUCGGGCGCGGGCUGGGAGAAUGAGUGGGCGGAGGCGCCGCAGGAGGCUCCCGGGGCCUGGUCGGGCUGGCUGGGCCCAGGGCGCAGUGGAGGGAAGGGACGGGCGGCGCCCGGUUGGGCGUCCUGGCCAGCUCACCUUGCCCUGGCGGCUCGCCCCGCCCGGCACUUGGGAGGAGCAGGGCUGGGCCUGCGGCCUUUGGAUUCCGGGACCGCCCCCUUCCAUUCCCGGGUCAGCGGCGAGCUACAGCGACGGCUGGAGUCGCAGCUGCAGCAUGAGAGCCGGUGCCGCUCCUCCACGCCUAUGGACGCGUGGCGAGCGGAGGCAGCUCAGCCUGUUCUCGCCAUGGGGGCGCCGUGGGGUUCACCGGCGGCGGCGGCGGCGGCGGCGGGCGGGCGGCGCGGGUGGCGCCGAGGCCGGGGGCUGCCAUGGACCGUCUGGGCGCUGGCGGCCGCCGGCUUGACGUGUACGGCGCUGAUCACCUAUGCCUGCUGGGGGCAGCUGCCGCCUCUGCCCUGGGCGUCGCCAACCCCGCCGCGACCGGUGGGCGUGCUGCUGUGGUGGGAGCCCUUCGGGGGGCGCGGCAACGUCGCGAGGCCGCCCCCCGACUGCCGGUUGCGCUUCAACAUUAGCGGCUGCCGCCUACUCACCGACCGCGCGUCCUACGGAGAGGCUCAGGCCGUGCUUUUCCACCACCGCGACCUUGUGAAGGGACCCCCCGACUGGCCCCCGCCCUGGGGCGUCCAGGCGCGCAGUGCCGAGGAGGUGGAACUGCGAGUGUUGGACGACGAGGAGGCAGCGGCGGCGGCAGAAGCCCUGGCGACCUCCAGCCCCAGGCCCCCAGGCCAGCGCUGGGUUUGGAUGAACUUCGAGUCGCCCUCGCACUCCCCAGGGCUGCGAAGCCUGGCAAGUAACCUCUUCAACUGGACGCUCUCCUACAGGGCAGACUCGGAUAUCUUCGUGCCUUAUGGCUACCUCUACCCCAGGAGCCACCCCGGCGACCAGCCGUCAGGCCUGGCCCCGCCACUGUCCCGGAAACAGGGGCUGGUGGCAUGGGUGGUGAGCCACUGGGACGAGCGCCAGGCCCGGGUUCGCUACUACCACCAGCUGAGCCAACACGUGGCCGUGGACGUGUUCGGCCGGGGCGGACCCGGGCAGCCGGUGCCCGAAAUUGGGCUCCUGCACACAGUGGCCCGCUACAAGUUCUACCUGGCUUUCGAGAACUCGCAGCACCUGGAUUAUAUCACCGAGAAGCUCUGGCGCAACUCGUUGCUCGCUGGGGCAGUGCCGGUGGUGCUGGGCCCCGACCGUGCCAACUAUGAGCGCUUCAUGCCCCGCGGCGCCUUCAUCCAUGUGGACGACUUCCCAAGUGCCUCCUCCCUGGCCUCGUACCUGCUUUUCCUAGACCGCAACCCCGCGGUCUAUCGCCGCUACUUCCACUGGCGCCGGAGGUACGCUGUCCACAUCACCUCCUUCUGGGACGAGCCUUGGUGCCGGGUCUGCCAGGCUGUCCAGAGGGCUGGGGACCGGCCCAAGAGCAUACGCAACUUGGCCAGCUGGUUUGAGCGGUGAAGCCGCCCUCCCCUGGAAGUGACCCAGGGGAGGCCAAGUUGUUACCUUUUGGUCCUCUACUGUGCAUCUCCUUGACUGCCGAAUCGUGGGAGUAAGUUCUUCAAACACCUAUUUUUGCUCUAUGGGAAAAAGGCGAUUUUACCAAUGAAUAUUACUCAGCACAGAGAUGGGGGCCCGGUUUCCAUAUUUUUUGCACAGCUAGCAGUUGGGCCCCCUUUGCUGUUGAUGAGCAUCAUUGUUUAGGGGUGAAGGGGGGGCUCUUCUUCACCUCGUAACCAGUGCAGAAAUGAAAUAGCUUAGCUGCGAGAAGCCGUUGAGGCGGUUUCUCUGAAUUUCCCCGUCUGCCAUAGGCCGGAUUUGUGGCCCGUGCAGCCUCCAAAUCUCAUACACACUGUUCCCGAUUCACAUUUUUCUGGACCGAGGUGAAGCAAAUUUCUGGUUGUAGAAGGAGCCUUGUUGGUGGAGAGUGGAAGGACUGUGGCUGCAGGUGGGUCUUUGUUGUUUGGAUUCCUCACAGUCUUGGCUCCUGAGAAAGGUGAGGAGGGCAGUCCAAGAAGGGCCGCUGACUUCUUUAAUAAGUACUAUCUGUUCUCCUGUCCUGUGAAUGGAAGCAAAAUGCUGGAUUGUCCUUGGAGGAGAGUUAAGGUGAAUACAUGGGUGCACCUCACUUUACAUAAGAAAUGUAUUCCUGAAAAGCUGCAUUUAAAUCAAGUCCCAAAUUCACUGAUUAGGGGAGUUCAGUAUUUAAUGAAACCCUAUGGAGAAUUUAUCCCUUUACAAUGUGAAUAAGCAUCUCCUAAUGUUUCUUCUGUCUUUAUGUUUUUCCAUAACCUGGAUUUUUUAAAGGCAUAUUAAAAUUACAGAUGUGAAAAUAAA